AUGUUAAUGUCUUUUAUUUUAAAAGCUGCAGCGAAUCUCAUUGGUUUGAUUUUUCCCUGCUAUUACUCGUACAAAGUCCUCAAAAAGCCUACUAAUGCAAAACUCGUGAGUCUUUUUUUUCCUCGUAUAAAGUAACCGACACGCUUAGGUUUACUGGCUUCAAUAUUGGAUCGUGUAUGGGGCUUACCUGGUCACUGACUGGAUUUUUGAACUUAACAUUAUUAUGUUACUUCAUACCAUUUUAUGAAUUUUUAUCACUAAUUUUCUUGUGCAGCAUAGUCAUUCCUCAACUAGGGGUGGCCGCCUUCAUUCACAAAAAGGUUUUUUUUUUCACAUUUUUGAACAAAAAUAAAAUGUUUUUUUCAGGUAUUAGCUCCUUUUUUGAGACAGAAAGAGCACAAACUGGACAUAUUUUUAACUAAUACAUAUCAACGAAUAUUAACAUCAUUCUCAGCAACGGCUACACAUGCAGCUCUACAGGUACGUUCACAGUUUUGGUUUUUAUUUGACGUUUUGAUAGAAAGAGUACUACAGUACAAACGCUUGAAAAAAUUAAGGCCUUCCGGCACAUCACUGAGCAAACCUCCCAUUUUGAGGUGCAGGAGGACGAAUUUGUGAGUUGGAUAAUUAGACGAGUUGGAUCUAAAUAUUUGUUCUUUCAGAACUCUCUGGUUGUAAUCGAAGACGUUUUGGAUGAGUCCGCGAUGGGAGAUGAUAUCAAAAUCGAGCCACUGACCGACUUUGAUGAAAUAGAAGAAGUGACAAUCAGCCCGCCACCAAAGAAGCGAGGACGCCCUCGUAAAAACUCGAAAGUUGUGCACAAAGACAUGAGCAACAAAGUUGAUAUGUAA